AUGUCGAACCUCCCUUCUGAAUUCCGCAAAUAUGAGGCUGAUGAUCUCGAAGCUCUCAUGGGUGAGGGAACCGAACCUCAUACCCAAACUGGAGGCGAGUUUGAUCUUCACCCCCAGAGUCAAUCGACCGUUGAUUUUCUCAACGAUCUUCGUCGCUUAUGCCACAUUCCCCCCAAAGUGGAGAUGGUGGUCCCGGAGCCUUACGAGUCUCCAGAGUCGGUUCCCAAAUUCGGCCAGUUCCCUCUGUUGACUUCCUCAAUAUUUACAAGGCCAUCCUCGAGAGGCCAGUUACUUGGAAUUCUUUUACUUUGGAGAGAAUUCACGGUGCCGGACAUUCUUGUCAAAAUGGGCCUUACUCAUCCCGUCGACCCUCCUCCUGCUGAGAUUGAUCUCUCGAGUUUGAACGCCCGAGAUAGGAGAAGGAUCAGAGAAGCGGACAAGAAGGUCAAAGAUCAGAUCUCCCAGAUUGGGAAAAACAAGAAAAACGCAUCCUCCGUCGGGGACGAAAAAGUCUACCAGAAAACUCUCCUGCUUGAUGACUGGUCCUUUGAAGGUUCAAAGUCAAUGGCAGUCACCAUAAACAAUGCCCCUUCCUUUUCCCCAGCAGCUGACAUCAUGGUUGCUGCCACUGCUGAAGAAGGAGGUCCCUUAGAUGGCCCCUCUUUUACGAAGAAGAGGAAGGCUGAGGGUCCUGAACCCCCGAUUCAGGGAAGGUCCAAGAGCAAGAGGAAAGCCGAAGCCAUUUCUUCAAGUCCUCCAAUUCCUGAAUCUGCUGAUAUUCAGGGUAGAAAUCAUGAUUCAGGAAUUGUUUUUAGAGAGCCACUGAGUUCAGGGAUGCUACCUCCCAGGCAUCCUCGAGGUAAUACCUCUAGAGCUCGAUCAUCUCCGAGCUCAGGACUCGUUGCCAGAGCUUCAUCUCCAUCAAAUAAAGAGAAGAUUGGAAACAUCUUUAGAUGUUUCCAUACUCGCUCUAGGAAGAAACUUCCGUCCUUUGGGCACUGGAGGGAUGACAUCAAGAAGAUGUAUAUCAGUCAUUCGUUCCACUCCUCUCAGGCAACCUUGGAUGUGAACAGCAUCAUCAACCAUUACGAAGAAGAGCUUACCAAAGUCUCCAAGAGAGCUGCUAUUACCGAAGGAGAGAUUGAGAAACUCCAAUCUUCCAACCAGCUUGCGAAGGAGACGACUGGUCUCGACUCGGCUCGUCAGAAAGAAAUCGAGCAACUUGAAAGAUCUGGCGAGGAGACAAGGAAGAUUUUGACAGAGACAGAGCAAAAUCUGAAAACUCUUAGCAAGGUCAAGACAGCUGCUGAGGAGCUUGAACGCAAAAACGAAUCUCUUUCCGAACUGAAAGAUCAGGAUGUUCGCAAGAUAUCUCAUGAUGCUCGGAAAGAGGUUAAAGGAGUUGGGCAAAAGUUCCUUCUUGCCGUGCAGGAAUUUAUUUCUGCGGAUAAAGCUUGGAACAAACUUAACUCCGAACGUGAUGAGCUGAAGAGCAAUCUCGAUUUGAUCAAGGAGAUAGAGGAAGGAUCGAUUAAUUUGGCCGAAGAAAAAGAGACAGUUGGCGCUGAGCUUGCUGAGACUGAAGCUAAGCUAGCUACUGCUCCUCAGCCAUAUUUAGAUUUGCAGCAAUUUGUCUAUGAGUUCGCUGAUUCCCCUCCACUGACCGAACCUAAUGCCGGUUUGUCUUUGGAUGAAAUGAUGUUAACUGGUUCCCCUAGUGCUCAUUUUAAUGAAUUCGGAACCAACGUUGACAAAAUAUCUUCGGAACGAACACAGGAGUUCUCUGGUCAGGAUCCUGCUAGCUUGCCUAUCCCUGAGGUUGUUCUCACAGCUCAAGAUGCUGCUGUCGGAGGUGCUCCUGACUUAAGCCAAGUAGGAGGUGGAGGCGGUUCGCCUAUGAAUAAAUGA